CUUACCUCCUCCCUCGAGAAACACUUGGGCUUUUUGGAUUCCUUUUUUAUUUCUACCCUUGUUAAACUAAAACCAGCACAAUGGCACCCAAGAAGGAUGUGAAGAAACCUGAGGCUAAACCUGCUGCUGCCGCAGCACCAGCUCCAGCUCCAGAACCAGAAAAGCCCAAAGCACCUGCAUUUGAUCUGUCCAGUGUUAAGAUCGAGUUUUCUCAGGAUCAACAGGAUGACUUCAAAGAGGCUUUCCUGCUCUUUGACAGGACAGGAGACAGCAAAAUCGCCCUCAACCAGGUUGCUGAUGUGAUGAGAGCUCUGGGACAGAACCCCACAAAUGCUGAGGUCAAGAAGAUCCUGGGCAACCCCAGUGCUGAGGAGAUGAACGCCAAGAGGAUUGAGUUUGAGCAGUUCCUGCCCAUGUUGCAGGCCAUUGCCAACAACAAGGACCAGGGCUCAUUUGAAGACUUUGUUGAGGGUCUCCGUGUCUUUGACAAGGAAGGCAAUGGCACAGUUAUGGGUGCUGAGCUUCGUCACGUACUGGCCACUCUGGGUGAGAAGAUGAGGGAGGAGGAAGUAGAAUCUCUCCUGGCUGGUCAGGAAGACUCCAACGGCUGUAUCAACUAUGAAGCCUUUGUGAAACACAUCAUGUCCGUCUAAGCGGAUUUCUCAAGAACUGUCAGCAGAAUGUCUCAGAACAACGGGGGGCAUCAGAACUGUACAAAGACCAGCAACUGGUUACAACCAACUAUAUGGAACUGAACUGUACAAUACACCCACCAAUUUUUUUUUUUAUUUUUCAUCACUGGAAUUUUGAAAUUUACUUUCAUGAACCCUGCUAAUAUUUCAAACGGAUCAAACAGGACGAUUCAACCUCCGACAAAGUUGGCGGCGAAAUCUUCUAAGCAGAUCUGUGUACCAUACCAUGGAGCACUGUAAAAAUAAAAAAAAGACAUGUCAAUAAACACCUUUGCUAAUUUGGUGGCUACCAAGUCUUUUUAUUUCAUCUGCCAAAGGCUUUGGGCCAGUUUCUCAAGAUCACUGCAAUUCUGCACUACCAGGGGUUCCAGUAACUGGCCCUUCUGAUAGUGGAGUUAUUAAUUUAUUUUCUUUCUGUACUCAGAGUAAUAAAGUUUUAUUAAAAG